AUGCGUCCACUCUCUCUCCGCGCCUCAGCUACAUCACCGGAAACUCAACCACUCCCUCACAGCCUUGCUGUUCUCAGCUCGACUCUGUCAUCAAAUCUUCGCCGCAAUGCAUCUGCUCAGCCGUCAACAGUCCGAUUCCCAACAUCGGCCUUAACAUUAACCGCACACAGGCCUUGCAGCUCCCCAAUGCCUCAUGCCCGCAACAUUCAGACGCCUCCCCUCACACAGUGCAACGCCGCCACUGGUCCAGCAGCACCGCCUCCCGCACCUUCACCGACGGAAAAUACCCCAGAUGUGACACUAACCCCAACCUCAUCGCCGGGUGCUCGUUCAGGAGUUAGAGGUGGUUCCAAGACAAUUCCCUCCGCUGGUGGCGGCUUGUCCACCGGGAACGUCGACCGCGUGCCGCUGCAUCUUCUUAUGUUCGCU